AUGAGUCGCCAUGCCCAGGGCCGUUGCCUGCUAUAAAUCCCACAAGGUUGGCUCAGGUGACUCCGCUGCAAGCCGUGUCCCCGGGAACCAUGGCAACGCCUGAAGCGGAGAGGACGUACACGCACGAUCCCUUGUUGCCAGAGACAAUCGUGCCAAAUGAGGAGUUCCGUUUUGACAGCAAAGAUGAAGCCGAAGAAUUUUACAAGUUCUACGCGGGCAAGGCAGGAUUUGGUGUUCGCAUAACCAGGACUAGAACUACUGUACUGGAGUUAUCGUGUAAUAAACAAGGGCACUGGGAUUACUACAAGCCGGGUGAGGAGAGGGUACGUGAGAGAAUGUCCAUGAGGUGUGAGUGCAAGGCUUUUGUGAAGGUUAAAUGGAACAAGAAAAAGGACUAUUGGUUCUUUGAGAGGAAAAGGUUGGAGCACAACCAUCCACUGCAUCCAUCACCAAGUGUAACGCAAUACCUGAGGUUGAAGAAGAACAAAGACCCAAUAGUCAUGGAGGUUGUUGAUCAGAUGCAUAGGUGUGAUGCUUCCCACAACACUACAGUAAAUGUGUUGUCUGAGUUAUAUGGUGGGAGGCAAAACUUCACAUUCACUGAGAUGGACUUGAGAAAUAGGAAAGCUGCAGCUGCGAGGGAGGAGAGGGAAAAUGAUAUACCGAAGCUGCUUGAGUUCUUUAGUGAGAUGAAGGGCCAAAACGAAUAUUUCUACUAUGAGGUGCAGGUGGAUGAGCAAAAUGUGAUAAAGAAUGUGUUUUGGAGCCAUGCCAGCCAGCGUGCAGAAUAUAGAGAUUUUGGAGAUGUCGUUACAUUCGACACGACGUACAAAACCAACGUGUAUAGCAUGCCUUUAGCUAUGUUUAUUGGGUCAAACCAUCAACUGCAGAACGUCGUGUUUGGGCAAGCACUGUUGCAGGACGAGCAAGCUAACACUUUUGAGUGGCUGUUUAGGGCAUUCCAAAACUGUAUGACUGGAAGUCGCGACCCAAGAUGUAUACUUACAGAUCAGGAUAGCGCAAUGGCGGCCGCGAUCCAGAAGGUAUUCAAGAAAACACAACACAGGUUGUGUCGUUGGCACAUGCUGAAGAAGUAUAGAUGGGAGCUGAGAAAAUUGUACAAACUACAUGACGGUUUGAAUAUAAAGCUCCUCACUGUAAUCAAUCACCCUUUAACACCUACAGAGUUUGAGGCAGCAUGGAAGGAGCUAGUGGAUGAGUAUGGCUUACAGAAGGAUGAUACUAUUAAGGGGCUUUGGGAUAGUAGGCACCUGUGGGUUGCUGCUUACUUCAAACCCUUGUACUGUGGGAGGAUGACCUCUACACAAAGAAGUGAAAGUGUUAAUAAGAUGAUCAAGAGUAGUGGCUUCACAGGACAUAUGACAUGCAUGAGUAAAUUUGCACGCAGGAUGCUAGACUUCAUUCAACGCACAAACCACGCGGCGGCUGGAGAAACCCAUUGGUCUCAGGCUGGUAACUUGCGGUUGACAAUGCAACCCUUUGAUGCCCAUUUGAGCAGGGUGUAUACACGAGCUGUGUACAAAAAGUAUAGGGAAACUUAUAUAUACAGUACUGCAUUCCGUAUUGAUCCUCAUCCAAACGAGGUUGAUGUUUACCUAGUGACACACACAAAUCAGUCAUGGAAGUAUGCAUGGUUUCAACAUUCAUUCAGAGUGGAGGCUGAUGUAAGAUUUGGGACAUAUACGUGCGAGUGCAAGACAUGGGAGCAUACAGGAUUGUUCUGCGCCCAUCUUAUUAAAGCCUUCACACACCUUCAGAUUGACAAUAUACCUUCAGAUUAUAUAAUGAAGAGAUACACUAGGGGUGCGAGGAGUAUGGUAACAUGGGACAGACAUGACAUAGUGACAACAGAAACGGCAUGCGAAAGUGAACAACACAAAACCAAGAAGCUAGUAGAAAUCGCAAUGACGGCUGUGAGGGCAUGCCGCAAAACAAGUUUUGGGUUUGAGAAAGCUUGUGAACAGAUGACUGCAUUAGCUGAGUGGGGUGAAGCUAUUGCAAGAGAUACUGGGCCAUCAAAUAGGGGGGAGUGUUCAUAUUCCCAAGGUGGGUCUUCUGGAACUGAAGAUGAACCUCAAGCUAAUCAGGGUGAACAGGAUGUGGCAAAUGAACCUGGAGGCCAACCGCGUGCUCCACCAAUUCUAGAUGAAAUCCAAAUCUCAAAUUCUGCACCAAAGGAGGCAGCUACAAAGGGUAGAAAGCGUGGUGGGAAGCAAGUUGUUAAUGAUGAUGCAAGCACCAAUAAGGCAGAGGGGAAACGGACAUGUGGAUACUGUGGAUUUUUGGGACAUUAUAGCACAAGCUGUGAUCUUAACCCGGAAAAUGCAGGAAAGAAAAGAGGAGCCAGCGGGAGUCUGCGGGGCAAGAUGGGACGGAAGAGGGGGAGACCACCGACCAAAAGGCAACUGGAAGACGAUUUUGAUGAUGUGGCAUAA